ACUAUUUGAUUUUAAUAUUUAAAAAAUUGUUUGAUCAAAUUUUAUUUUUAUUUUUAUUCUACAUAUUAUUUAUAUUUUUGACAUCUUUUCCCAGUAUUUAUCCUUCUUCCUUUAAUCCCCUUAAAAAUUAAAAAAUGAUAAAAAGCGUUAGAUAAUUAUUAGAAAUUCGAAAAUUACGGGGUAGUUCUUCUAAAAUAAAAAUAUUUUCGAGGUGGAUCGGAACAGUCAGAGGUGUCGGAAAUCGGAAGAGCCGGAAAUCGGAACUGGCUCAAAAGUCGGAACUCGGAAAUCGGAAAUCAGAAUUUUUUUCGGAAAUCGGAAGUUCUUGCCUAAAUUUUUUACUCGUAUUAAUAUUGGACAUCUCUAAAGCUUUAGGUUCGAUUCGAUAUCCGAAAACCUUCCCCUCCGUUUUGGACCUCCAAAUAAUUUUUUAGAACAGACACUACCUCUUUUAAUGGUUAGCCAAAUAAAUAUUUAAAGAUUGGAGCUGUUUCGAAAUAGAAAAAAUCUUGGAAAAUUGGAAUUAAAAAUCGAAAUUUCGUCAAUUCUAAACCAAAAUUAUUUUCUAAAUUUUUUCUCGAAUUUUUCAGAUUUUUUAAAAUUAUUAAAACUCAUUUUUCUCUACAAAAAAAUUAUUUUUUCCCCGUUACUAAUAUUUUAAAAAUAAAUUUCCCUCCCCUACAUUUUUUAUUAUUUAUUUUUAACAUUUUUUGACGAUUAAAUAUUACACGUUUUUUAAAGUUAUGUGUAUAAUAAUAGAAGAUUUACACAGUUUUUAAUACCCCAAAAAAUGUAAAAAAAUUUUACAUAAUUAUUACAGAUAUCUAUUUUUAUUAUUUUUACUCUUGACAGAAUUUAGUAACAAUUUUUUGGAAUAAAAAUUGUCGUAUAAAAUACUUUUGAUAAUUUGUAUCAAAAAAUAUUUCAGUGAUUUUUAUUAGUCUAAUAUUUUUAUUGAACCACAUACUAUACAGAGGUGGGUCGGGAUUCCGAUUUCCUACGUUUUUUCCUUCCGAUUUCCGAGUUCCGACUUAUGAGCCAGUUCCGAUGUACGUCUCUUCCGAUUUCCGACCAACCUCUGUUACUAUACUUAGUUACCUAACUUAUAUUUUGAAUGUAAUAUGAAUGUUUUAAUAAAUCCACCAUUAAAUCAACUAAGUUUCUUGAGCCUCCUCCAUUCAUUUCCCAAUCCUUAAUUGACGCUCCAAAGGAACCUAGAUCGGAACCUAGACAGGGAAGGUCAGCCCUUUGACAAAUGAGCCUCCCUCACCACCGAAGGUAUCUAGAUCUGAAUCCUAGACAGGGAAUGUCAGAACACUUAACUAAACAUUUGUUUGAUGUUAUCGGAAAAAUACAAAAAAUCGACAAGAUGUCGAAACAAGCUGGGUUCUGAUUUUCAAUAAAAAUCCUUGUAAACCUUUAGAUUCUUUUAAAAUUAGUCCCGAAAGCUCGUCUCCUUCGGGGUGAAAUGCGCAGACGUAGCUGUUAUUUGGAAGACUUGCUAACAAGCUUUAAAAAAACUUUUUUAAAUUCGCUGAAAAUUAUUUUUUCAUUUUUUAACUAAAAAAUUAUUUUUAGCUUUUCAGUUAUAAAAUAAUAUUAAUUAAAAAAUGUCUUCAAACGGCAGCUUUAACAACAACAAAGUUUCCCCCGCAGAAAAAAAUAAUUGUUCUAUAAUAAAAUUGAAUUAUAAUGAUAAUUCAUUUAAAUCCUCCCCUUUUCCAAUUGAUAACAUUCCCCCACCUUUAUAUAACGAAUUUGAGGGGGAUAAUGAAGGAAAUAAAAAUAAUAAAAAGGAGAAAAAUACACAAUUAAAUAUAGACGAGAAAGGAAGAUUGUAUAGACAGAAGGGGCUCUCAUUUAAAAUCACCCUUCUCAAUUUUUUGAAAACACUGGUUGGAGCAGGAUUUCUUUCACUUCCGUUAGCUUUUCGAAAUGCUGGAUUAUGGAGCGGCCUUAUAAUGACUGUUGUUUUUGCCUUCUUAAAUUGUUUGUGUAUGAUGCAGUUGGUUAAGUGUGCUCAAUAUUUUUAUCGACAGUCAGGCAUCCCCUUCCUAAGCUACGGGGAUCUUGCUCGUCACUCUUGUUCAACAAGCUUUAGUUGGAUACGUCCAUAUAAGAAUUUUGCAAAGUAG